CUCCCGGAAGCGAUCAAAGCCCCACGGAUCAUUUCUCUCUGUUUUCGGCUUCCCCAGAUCGGACUUUGCGCCUUCGAACUUUUCCGACCUUCUGAACUUUUUCCGUUCCAAAACACCAAAAACACGGACCUCCUCUGACGCCGUUACAAGAAGGCAGAUACUUUACUUUCCGCAAUUGGCCUCCAUAAGACAAACUGCAGAGGCCAAAACUUCACAAUGGCGACGUCUUCUCUCCCUCCGCGCUCCACCUUGUCCGAGAUCCUCUCAUCCCCCAGCUCUACGACGGAUUUACACCCACCAUAUCUUACCCACCUGGCGCUUCAAGUCCAGCAUAAUCUCGAGCAUCAACACAAUUGGACUUCUCUCACACUCCACACACACUCCCCCGUAACACCAAAUGCGCCCUUACCGCGGCCUAUGAUCUCUGGUGUACCUGCGCAGAAGCUAUACAUUCACCCGGACGAACAAAUCGAACUGAUCAAAGCUGGUAUCAACGAAAAGGAUGUCCAGCCUGAACGCAUGUGGGUGCUGCCGGCACACCUGAAGGAGAAAUGGACACUUCGAAGACUUGCCGAGGUAUUCGGUGCGAUCACCAAGGUGCCGCCAAGCGCUGAGACGGCGGAUGAACAGUUGGACGAGUCGCUGGCGGCCGAAAAGAGAAAGGAACAAAACGCACCCGAGGAGGGAUCCAGCCACGAUCAAGAAAAUGCCAACGAGACUGAGGGUGAGCGAGUGGAGGAGGACCAACAUAGCCAGACAGCGCAAAACAAUACUCCAAGCCAAACCGAAGCUCAAAAACAGUCCCAAAUCGAACGAAAUCUGAAGCGCAUCCUCCUCGCGACAGUCGAAGACGAUAGUACAGUAGUCUACUAUAUUAUUCACGACGGACUCGUCAAGCCGAGACAGAACUAAGCAUCUUUGAGCUUAUUUCAACCACGUGUGCCCAAUAACACGCAACUCCAAACAGGCUCACUAUGCCGAGCUCUACAUACCAGCAAUAUCAUCCUUACUCCAUUCUUCGUACCUCUCCUCCGAGCCCAACGCUGGAGUACCAGGGACAAAUUGACUGGAAACUCCCUUUCAGCACAGACUGUCUUUUGCUAUCACCGCUGGUGUUUCGCACAAAGUGCUGCUUUGUUCGUCUUGGUGUCAAAAGCACAGCUCCUCCAAGUGCUGUGGCAAAAGAAUGUUUUGCCUGUGGCUAAUGCAGUCACCCAUAUAACACAGUGCCCCAAUGGCUGCCCUUUCGAAGUCUUAGAAAUGAGAGAUGACGUAUAACUGAUAGUAAACGAGGUGGUUGCCAAAGCCUGUGCACUGUCAAACCUU